CAGAGAUGUUUGCAGAUGUUCACACUGACUCUUUAUUUCUCAGUGUGUGUUUGCAGUGAUUUCACGGAUCUCACACUGACUCUUUAUUUCUCAGUGUGUGUUCGCAGUGAGUUCCUCGAUCCGCCGGCGUCCCAGCGCUCGUUCUCCGACACACAGACUCGGCUUCCCUGUCGGUUCGAGGUGGAGGGAGACGAGAAGGUGGUGCAAGUGACCUGGUCCAGACAGAAACCCGGAGGAGAACGAGAACAGAUCAUUACAGGACACUUUACUGAAGGACCUAAAGCGUCUCCUGAUUUCCUGAAGCGUGUUCGGUUCGAGAGCUCUGACCCGACCCUCGACUCGACGCUGGUGAUCCUGAACACGAAGAAGGCGGAUCAGGCCACAUACACCUGCCACAUCUCCACCUUUCCCUCGGGAAACUUCGAGACGCACAUCAGCCUGACCGUCUGGAUUCUGCCGAUCUCGUCUCUGGAUCCGGUGGUCCUGCAGGAAGGACAGUCGUUCCGCCCGGCCGCCUCGUGUCGUUCGGUCGCACACCCCGCGCCGCUGCUGUCCUGGGACACGGAUGUUCCCGGGCGGGUGCAGAACCGGAGCGGGGAGGACGGGGUCGUGACCUCGCAGUUUUCCCUGCAUCCGCUGCGCAGCAUGAACGGCCAGAGGCUCGACUGUCUGGUGUGGCACCCGGCGCUCGACGGCCCACGCAGACUCAGCAACACACUCAUCGUGCACUUUCCUCCAGACGCAGAGAUUGUUGGUUCUGGCUCGUGGAGGCUGGGUCAGGUCGGGUCAGAGCUCAGGUGUGCAGUGAAGGGGAACCCGCGGCCGCAGAACAUCAGCUGGAGCAGGCAGGACGGGCGUCUGCCGGAGGGUGUGUCGGUGCAGAGAGAGAGGCUGGUGUUCGUUCGGCCGCUGAAUGUGUCGGACGAGGGUCUGUACGUGUGCCAGACUGGGAACAUCGUGGGAACCGCGAAAGCCCAGUUUAAACUGGAGAUCGGACGCGAGGUCGGACGACGUGCGGGCGAGUGGUCAGACCUGAUGAAGAGCCCCUCGGAGUCGCUCCUCAUCAUCAUGGGCGCGUCAGUCGUCGGGGCGCUAGUGCUCCUCGUCGUCAUCACCAUCGUCUUCGUCAACUGUCACCUCAGACGCAAGAACAAGAAGCUGAAGCGGGCGCUCAGCGCGAGAACGGUGGAGAUGAUCAGUCUGUCGAGGCAGGUGUCGAUGAGGAGACUCGACUCCAUCACCUCUGACCCCAGGACUGCGGCCGAAGAGAAUUCACUGAUGAUUGACAGAGGGAUGAAGAGCAGCGCUAUAUCAGUGUCGAAUCACUCCAUUCUGAGUGACGCCCGAGGUCGACUCGCAGACGGAGAGUUCGACAGCCUUGGUCGCCCCGCGAUUUACCCGCCGCACCGGCAGAGGCGGAGAGAGACAGAGGAGGACGAGCGAAGGCGGAGAGUCGAGUCUUACGUCAAGUCCAGCAAUCUGUCUCUGGAUUCAGGACUCCACCGGGAUCAGAGUUCUCCUCCUCGCUCCGUCAGCUCCGGCCCGACGGCUGAGGCGUUUGGAGACGCGUGGAGGCGCGGAUCUCGCAGGGAGAUUCACAGAGAUAAAGACCUGAGAGAGAGAAUCCCUGAGGGAGAGGAGGGAGACUCGCAGGAGUUAUCCGAGGCGCUCUCCAACUACUUCCAGUGCAGCAACAGUGGCCUGACCCCCAAGCAGAACCCCAACGCUAUUAUCAUACACACACGCAGACAGAUCAUCUGAUGGAGGACUGGACUGAUACACACACACACACACACACACACGCAGAAGCAUCAUCUGAUGGAGGACUGGACUGAUACA